UAAUCUCUUCUUCUGCAAUCAAUAGACUGAACUAUUAUUAAUUCAUGCUCUGACUCCUGCUAUUGAAAAAUGAUUUCUAAAUCAAAUACAGAAUUACAGACCCAGUCACAUGGAAAUGCUGUGCUACGGAUUGUAACAAGGCUGAUUUGAUACGUUUCUUUUCCAGGUUUACUCUUUACAGCUCAGAAACUGUGAUCACUGCAGCAUGUGGACGUGACCGUGCAGUGUUAUCUGUCGGUUCCGCUCCGGUGCUGCAGGCUGAAGCCUUCGAUUAGUUCAGUUAGAGCGUUUAAAAAAAAAAAACUGAACUGUGUCAUGUGCAUGGACAUCAAUAAACCACCCCAGGAGCUCGCAGCACUGUCCCGUGAAGUAAAGGUUGCAUUAACAGCUUUUAAUGACCUGAUUAAAUGAUUUAGAGGCAGAUGCCACUUAAAGCGAGCUCUCUUAAAACUAAAAGCCACUGAAACUGGUCUAAUGUUCUCUGCGUGAUUUGUCAGAGAAUUUCCAGCUUUGGUAUCUGCACAUCUUUUGAAGCAGAUUAGAGUAGGAAGAAAAUCUCAUAUUGAAACAAUGCACAUCAGUAUAACAGAGAGAGGAGCACUGUCAGUAAGAACUGUCUGUCGUUCGUACCAGCGAUCUACUGCCAGAUUUGUUCCCCCUGUUGCCAUAGCAACAGUCAUUAUGCUUAAUUUCAGAUUGUAGAGUUAAUAUUCAGGAACUAGUACUAUCUGUACCUGUAUCAAUGUGAACAAUAGUUCACAAAUAUUCUUUAUUUGUUAUCUAAAUGGGACUCAAGUCUGAAACUCAAGUAAAAUCUCAGUCUGCUUUCCAUCUCUGUCUGCUUUCAGUGAUUUUAACCUCAGUCUGAUUUCACUGUGUGAUCGGCACUGUCCAGUUUCCUUCUCUGUCCGAUUUUGCUGUCUCAUUGCUGUGUCGUCUAUUAAACUCAGCCUCUCCACAGUGAUUGAGACAGAUGAUUGCAGCUUUACCCGUGUGGGACGAUCUGAUCGGUGAGAAUUAAACAGGACAGACAUUGUGUGGAGGAAAACCCACACUUCACAGCAUCUCAGAACAGUCUCAGAACCCCAAUGGAUCAAACAAAGCCUUAUUCUCAGGGCCACCAGAAGGAUAUCUGACUGAUAAACAGAGUGUGUAAAUGACUGUGUCAAGGCAAAGAGAGAAAGAUGGAACAUAUGCUGAUAGAGUUACUCAGACACUGACCGCUGAGGGGUUGUGAUGAGAGAGGGCUAAACACCGAUAAGACAUGCCGAGAAGAAGGGACGUCCUGGCACUCUUUUUGAUUUUGUUACCGUGGACUUUAUUGAUCACAUUUUGGCACCAGCGCGCUGGCAACUCCUUGAUUCCAGUUCCUAAAGAUAACAGAACUAGGGCCAGUAAAGCUCACCAAAGAGGCUUUCGACUUUAUGAGUCCUGUGUCACGGAGAACAAGCGUGUCGCUAAGGCCAACCAGAUGAGGCACAUCCACCAGCGACCUCAACCCUGGUCUGACACAUUGCCAACUCUUCACAUAAUAACGCCAACCUACAGUAGACCCGUCCAGAAGGCCGAGUUGACCCGCCUCACUAACACCUUCCUACACGUCCCCAACCUUCACUGGCUGGUGGUGGAGGACUCGGCGCAGAAGACGGCGCUGAUGUCCAGACUGCUGGAGAACACGAGACUGAAUUACACUCACUUGAAUGUAAAGACGCCUGAGAAUCUCCAGACACAAAAGAAGCCCAGAAAUGCACGUAUCCCACGAGGCACCAUGCAGAGGAACCUGGCUCUCCGCUGGCUGAGGGAGAACAUCAACCCAAACUCCGGUCAUAAAGGAGUGGUGUAUUUUGCAGAUGAUGACAAUACUUACAGCUUGGAGCUGUUCGAGGAGAUGCGCUGGACUCAUAAAGUGUCAGUAUGGCCGGUCGCCUUCGUCGGAGGUCUCCGAUACGAAUCGCCCAAAAUCAACUCUCAAGGCAAAGUGUUCGGCUGGAGGACGGUGUUUGACCCUCGUCGACCUUUCGCCAUCGACAUGGCUGGGUUUGCCGUGAACCUUCAGCUCAUCCUCCGCAAACCUCAAGCCUACUUUAAGUUAAAAGGGGUAAAAGGUGGAUACCAGGAAAGUAGUCUGCUACAGGAUCUGGUCACCCUCAGUGACCUGGAACCCAAAGCCGCUAACUGCACAAAGAUACUGGUUUGGCACACCCGGACCGAAAGACCCUUGCUUGUGAAUGAAGGAAAAAAGGGAUUCACUGAUGGCAGCAUGGAAGUAUGAUGAACUGCAUUACUGUUUUUGAAGUUGAACAAAGCCUAAGUAUCUGGAACUUAGAACUGCACUGAAUUUACUGCAUUGACUGAAGUAUUUGACUUAAGGCUGGAAUACACUACACGACCUUUGCCCAGAUUUUUGCCCUGAUUUGCGGUCUGGAGGAGCCGAUGCAUGUUGAAAGUCACGGCAAGUCUACAACUAUUGGGCAAAAGUUAACACACUGUAAAAAAUUAUCUAUAAAAAAAACAGUGUCUGAAGUUGCUACAAGCUUUUUUUAAAAAAAAAAUAUAGUACUGAUUUUACAGACUGAACUAAUUUAAAGUCAAAUAACGGCAUUGUCUCACAAUAGCAAAAUGCCAAUGUACUAAAAUCAGUUUGGCACCUUUAGAAUAAAAUGACAACUAGCAUAAAAACCACAGAUUGCAAAGAUGGAGCAACAUGAUGAGUCAAAGUUCAAGUAGCUUGUCCACAAGCAGAGAAUAUUAAUUAUUAAAAGGUGCACAAUCUCAUCCACAAAAAUACAAAGCAUGGUAACACAUGAGACUUAAAUAAUGCAAUUACCAUUCAUUUAACAACAUGAGAUAUAACAUAAAUGAAGCAAAAAUGCACACAACUGAUAACAAAAAAAAUAAGAUUUUUUAUUUUUAUAAAAAUUAAAAGUGUCACACAAGGACCGAUUUUACACUAAAUUAUAUGAUGGUCUUUUUUGACUUGCUUUUUUACUUUUAAAAAAUGGCAUUUAAGAGUAUUUUACAUUAGAUCAUCCAAUAUAUUUGUUUUUAAAUAUAUCCGAUAACCAUAUAUUAUUAAAAUUACAAACACUUUCUUACAGUGUGGACUCCUUUUAUUUUGUCUGCUCAAGAUUCUGUGUAAAAAUGCAAUGCUGCAUAUUUAAUGUGUGCUCUUCACUCAUUUGGUGUAUGAUGCCCUGUUUUUUUUCUUUCUGAAACCAUUUUAAAAAGUGGUCAAAGUUUAUGAUGCAUAGUGUUUGUCCAGAUUUUAAAAGUCGUACAGUGUAUUCCAGACUUAACACAACACUCUCAUUGAAAAACAAUUCUCAGUU